AUGGGGUCGUUGAAGACCGAAGAUGAAUUGGAGAUGGAGUCGACGGAUCCAAUCUUGUACGUGAAUGGGGUUCGUCGUGUACUGCCUGAUGGAUUAGCUCCUAUGACUCUACUUGAAUAUCUCAGAGACAUAGGUUUGACAGGGACAAAGCUAGGCUGUGGUGAAGGUGGUUGUGGGGCGUGCACUGUGAUGGUCUCUUACUUUGAUCGAAAUUCGAAGAAAUGUUUGCACCAUGCAGUUAAUGCUUGCUUGGCUCCUCUAUACUCAGUAGAGGGGAUGCAUAUCAUUACAGUGGAGGGAGUAGGGAAUCGCAGACAUGGUUUGCAUCCAAUUCAGGUAUGUGCUUUUGUUGGCAGCACCCUCUUUGCUAUUGAUAGUGUUCUUUAA